AUGGAAGACUACUUCUCAUUUUUGCCAGACCCCAUUAUCGUGCUUAUCAUCUCCUACUUGGCCUUUAGGGACGCUGCCAGAACCAGCGUCUUGUCCCAGAGAUGGCGCCAUCUAUGGCGUUCAACAAAGAACAUCGAAUUUGACGAGACCCUAUUCAUGAGAGAAGUGGAAUCAAGAGAGGAAAGAGAAUUAUGUAGGAGGGAUUUCAUCUAUUUUGUGAGGCAGUGGAUACUUGACUACCAAGAGCCAGUGGUAGACAUGUUCCGCCUAGCUUUCUCGCACCCCAAACAGUACCAGCUUGAGAUGGAGAACUGUGUUAGGUUUGCUAUUGCCCAUGGCGUCAAAAGGCUGGAUCUUGACUUCUGUGAUCCAGCAUGGGGUGAAUACAAUUCUGAUGAACCUCCUCCCUCAUUUGCUUUACCAUCUUGCGUUUACAGAAAUAGGGUUCUUGAGUCUUUGAGGCUCUAUUCUUGCAGUUUCCAUGUUUCGAGGUUUAAUACUUUUACUGCACUCAAGGAUCUGUCAAUUGGAUGGAGUGAACUUAAAAGUUUUGCUCUGAGUGCCUUGUUGGUGAACUGUCCAUUGCUUGAGAGUCUGAGCUUGAAAAAGUGUUGGAAUUUAGAUGAUCCUGUCAUUUCUGGGCCGAAGCUGAAGCUUCGGAGUCUGGUCAUGGAUAAGUGCGCUUUUAUCUAUCGGUUCACUGUUGGGGCGCCAUUGUUGCGAUCCUUGAGCUACUCAGGAGCAGUGUCUGAGUUCGUCUUUUUGAACCAACCUCCUGUGGAGAAGGUAGAGCUGGACUUCGGGCUUGAGCCUGAUAUCGACUAUGAGGGCACUUAUGGUGAUGUUAUUCGGGAACUCCUUGGAGAUCUCAAAUGCACUACUUUAACUGUUUGUAGUUUCAUGCUUCAGGCUGUGGAGGGCACCAUCUUUCUCAGUAUUCUCCCUGGUGAUGGAAGCGGGAGAGAACGGGAUUAUGCGCCACCAUCUGAGCUUCGAGGUAACAAUGUAUUCUGGAGGCAACAGGAACCGGUUUCCCCCUGUAUGAUAGAAACCCUAAGGAUAGUGGAGAUGAAGGGCUUUGGAGGGGAACCUAAUGAACUGCUACUUGUAAAAUACCUGCUUCGCCAUGGCCAUGUCAUGGAGACAUUAAAUAUCAUUGUGAAGAGGCAAAUGGGUCAUGGAGACGCUGAUACUGAAUCGAAUUCUCGAUCGUGGGCAGAAAUGUUGCAAUAUUAUGCAAGAGCCUCUUCUGGGCUGCAGAUAUUGAUUUCAUAA